AUGGCGGGCUCCAAGACUGUGAGAAUCGUCGAGGUUGGGCCUCGUGACGGCCUUCAAAAUAUCAAGACGGUGGUGGAUACGUCGACGAAGCUGGAACUCAUCCAAAGAUUACAGGAUGCAGGACUCCAGAAUGUCGAAAUCACGUCUGUCGUUUCACCAAAGGCCAUACCGCAACUUGCAGAUUGCCGCAAAAUACUUUCCGCCCCUGUUGUGAAGAGGUGGCAACAAACCAAUGGUACACUGCGUAUGCCAGUUUUGGUUCCAAACACCAAAGGCUUACGCAUCGCCCUCGAACAUGGUGUUAGGGAAGUGGCUGUCUUCGUCAGUGCGACAGAAGGCUUCAGUCGAGCAAACAUCAACUGCACUGUCGAUGAGAGCUUGGAGCGUGCCAAGCAGGUGGCCUCGGUGGCCAGUGCAGCCGGGGUGCUUGUGAGGGGAUACGUCUCUUGCAUCUUUGCCGACCCUUUCGACGGUCCUACUCCUUUACCUGCAGUCUCCCGCGCUGUGCGAAGCUUACUCGAUAUGGGCUGCUACGAAGUCAGCCUUGGAGAUACUUUGGGUGUCGGAACACCACCAGACGUUCGACGGCUACUUGAAUAUCUCAAGGCUCAGAACAUCCAUACCGAGAGAUUAGCUGGCCACUUCCACGAUACCUACGGGCAAGCUCUAGCCAAUGUGUGGACGGCGUACGAAUGCGGUCUACGAACCUUUGAUAGCAGCGUUGGCGGCCUAGGCGGUUGCCCUUUUGCACCAGGUGCUAAGGGAAAUGUGGCUACGGAAGAUGUUGUAUAUUUGUUUCAGCAAGCUGGGGUUGAUACCGGUGUAGACCUCCAGCAAGUAGUUGACACCGGGGUUUGGAUCUCCCAGGCCCUAGCGAAACCCAACGACAGCCGGGCUGGAGCGGCUCUCGCCAGCAAAUCGAAGAUCUCAUCAACAAAAUCAUCGAAGAUCACCGAUCGGCCAAAGGAGGCGUUGGAGUGGUCAAUCUUGGAACAGUCUGACAACGUUGUCGUUCGGCGGGCUGGAGCGAACGGUAAUAUCGUUCUCAACAAGCCUCGAAACGGAAAUACCCUCACUUUUCCGAUGAUAUCCGAGAUCAUCCAGGCAUUCAAGUCAUUUGAGAGCGACGCCUCAAUAUCUCGUGUUCUUAUUAGCGCAAAUGGCAAAUUCUUCUGCACUGGGAUGGACCUGAGCCAGGCUGCACAGGCAGUCGGCCGGGGCGGUGACGCAAGUUCGAAGCUGUUCCAGGCAUUGACAGACUUAUUCGAGCUCAUCGACAACUCUCCAAAGGUCACGGUCGCCUGCAUACAAGGGCCGGCUUUCGGCGGUGGCAUUGGAUUAGCAUUUUCUUGCGACAUCAGGAUUUCCAUCAGCUCGGCAAGCUUCACAUUGUCUGAGGCCAAACUUGGCAUGCUUUUCAAGACCAUGAUGGAGCCUGGCUCUGAUGCCGUCCAUGGGAUAGCAGAAUUCCAGCAGAAGCCUCAGUUGAGCGACCGCGAAUCUCAAGAAUUCAGUUCCGCCGCUUUCAACGAGGCCAAUCUGCCUAUGGAAGACCACAACACUGUGGAAGAGCAGCCUCAAUUCCAAUCAAAUGAACAAGAAGAUGUUUUAGGCGUUCCUGGUUUGGUCAACCAAUCAUCACCCAACAUGUCAACUACCUGGCGUUCAGGAAGCUCGCAGUCCCAAUCCAAUGCCAUUGAAGCAUAUGCAAGAGAAGCAUGGUUAUCCGUUCUGGGCGAUCACAUGACGGUGGAAGAUUCUUGCAACCUUGAGGUCGCCCAAGCCACCAAUAUCCUGGCCAUCAUUGACUUUACCGCCGGCCGAACCAGCUCCGCGUGGCUCAAGAUUGGGAUGGCGAUUCGGAUAGCUCAGGAUCUCCAACUGAUGAAGGAGCCCAGUGAAACUCUUCCUCUGGUGGAGCAGGAAGAAAGGCGGAGAUCCUUCUGGUCAAUCUACCUUCUCGACAAACUGGUCUCCCUCGGCAAACACAGACAUUUCGCCAUCUUAGACGAGGACUGCCAUGUGCGACUACCUUGCGACGAGCUGACAUUUCGUUCUGGCGGAUGGGGCCAGAAUGUGACGCUCCGUCAGCUUCUCGAUUGGAGCACCGAUGUUGGCGUUGAGAGUGGAUUCCCAGUAGCCAUCUUGGCAUCAUCCGUACUCGCUCGCUGCACACGAAGGCUUCUUCACGACCGCAAUACCGAUGAGACUCCCCCUUGGGACUCGAAAUCGGAGUUUGCAUCAAUCACAUCGCUCCUUCUCCUCGUCGAGUCCCGCCUCCAAGUCGAUCAACAUCCCAUUAGGAAUGUUGUCGAUACUUACAGGCUUGAUGAUGGUGUCAUAGAUCACCCCGCAAUGGGCCAUGUCAUCUUUGCACGUACAGUAUUCCAUGUCUGCUACUGCCUUCUGUACCAUCCGUUCCUUGUGCGAGAGCAAGUUCGGAGAGUCAAGUGUCAAGUUCCAUCAAGUUUCAUGCGCCUCGCCUCACAGAAGAGCUAUGAACAUGCUCGGGAUCUGGUCAAUUUGUUGCACGAUGCAGAAGCAGUAGGGUGCCAUCUAGGUGCUUCAUUCUACGCAUAUUCAGCGUGCCUAGCUGGCAGCAUUCUCUCGCUUCACAUGCACACCGAGAAGGAUACCGAGAGCCAGCGUCACUUGGAACUACUGAGUGCAACCCAAGACAGCAUAUCAAUACUUGAAGGAAUGGCAAAGUUUUGGGAUCAUGCGUCCAAAAUUCACCAUCGGCUGCUGACUUUCAAUGCGAACGCUUAUCUUUUCGAUUCACUCCUUGACACGCAGCUGAAAUCAGUCAUGGAUCCGGGAUGGGAAAGAUCCCUCUGGUCGAUGGUUGAUUACGGGGAGAUGUGCCGCGAAUCAAAUCUAUCUAUCCCAAGUCCGAAAAUACCAGCGCCUUCGGAUUCUCCGAGCUUUCCAGACCUCGAACUAGAAAGUGAACAGAUGCUGGAUUUGGGACUUGGUGUACAACAAAUAUCACAGAUCGACGACAACCUGAUGAACUUUGAUACUCCUAACAUCAAGUAUCUUCUUGAGCUUGCUUCUGGCGGAGGUUAG